AAGUAUUCCCCGAUGCCAUUCAUCGAUACCAAAUUCCAAACCUCAUUGAGCAGUGAUUUGGAGAAGAAAGAUAUGGCCAAGUUUUGGGCAGUCACUUUUUCCCGUUUGGCUUUAUGUUUUGUGGCUGCAAACUCUGAAGAAACCAACAGUGCACCAGCGCUGGCACCCGCUACCGACUGCUCCAAUCUCAUACUGGACAUGGCAGACUGCAUACCGUAUCUGAGCAAUGGGAGCAAGCAGACCGAGCCCAAUGGCUCGUGCUGCUCUGGACUGAAGUUGGUGCUGAAGACCGACGCAGAUUGCCUUAGUGAAGCCAUAAAGAACAGUGCCCAAUUGGGUAUUGAGUUGAACAUUUCUAAGGCCCUCACUCUGCCUCCAGCUUGUGGGGUUUCUGCUCCCGUUAAAACCUGUGUUACCCCUCCUCCAAAGUCAUCACCGAAAACUUCUCCUCCUCCAGCGGCCAAAUCUUCAGCUCCAUCAUCACCAACCAUCCCUGGAGGAGGAAAGACCAAUGAAGUUCCGGUGUCAUCUCCGUCGGCCUCCAUUUCCCAUUCCAUUCCAGCCUCAAUUCUUGUUUUUAUUGUCAGUGCUGUUGUCGCUUUCUCCUGUACUUGCGCAUAG